UAGGAAGUAGUGGGAUGUUGGCCAACUUCAGACAGUUCUGUGUUAAGACCGCUCUUUGAUUUUCAGAACAUUGGAGUAGCCGGAUGAAAUUUAUUUGAAUAUAUUUUUGUAUUUUUUAAUGAUACGAUAGUGUUUUAUCUGCUUGGUUUAAGAACCUGAAAGAAAUGAAGAUUUUAUCUAAUUAGUUCAAUGUUAUAAGACGUGAAGUUCUUUUCGUAUAAACGUGGUUUUAAAAAUUUAAAUUAGUAAAACCGAGAGAAAUGUAUCUUUUACCGUUUUUAAUAUUGCUGAUUUGUCAAGAAGGAAAGAAUGUUGAAAUUGAUCCGCAUAAAACGGUUAUUUGGGGUCCCGGAUUGAAACCAGAUAAAAUAACGAUGCAAGCCCGAUAUAUUUUUUUCCAACUUAUAGACUCUAACGGAAUGAAUUUAACAGAAUCUCAGGAGAAGGAUGUAAUCUCUGCUCAUAUACAAGGCCAAACUUCAGUUGGACAUGCAUGUCAUAUAGGGACACAAAUUUUAGAUUGCAAAGAUGGAAGUUAUAUUAUAAGAUACAAAUUGCAUAAUACAUGCUUCAAUUUAAAAUUGAAAGUUAAAGUAAAACAUGUACCUGUCCUAUCACUGGAAUUCAAAGGUCCUAUCCACGAAGAAGAAUGUUACUGCCCACAACUCUCAAUUAAUAGGUGGAUGAAAGAUAUGGAGUGUUCCAAGAAUUACACACAAAUACACAAUGAUUUAAUUCCUUUCAACAAUGUGGAUUUUGAUGAAAUACGCCAAGAUAUUAUAAAAGCAUACGAUCGACCGGGAAGCUAUAGCCUUUGUCAUUAUGUAAUUAAGUCUAAUAAAAUUUUUAGGGAAUGUUAUGGGAAACAUGUGGGUUUCAAAAUAUUCAUGGACUCCAUCCUAUUGUCCAUCACUCGAAAAGUCGUGUUGCCUGAUGUAGAAUUCUUUGUGAACUUAGGAGAUUGGCCACUAGUGCCCAAUAAAGGCAAAAACUAUCCCAUCUUUUCUUGGUGUGGUUCCUCGGACACGAAAGACAUUGUUAUGCCUACUUAUGACAUUACUCAAUCAUCCUUAGAAGGAAUGGGAAGGGUAAUGUUAGAUUUGCUAUCUAUACAAGGUAACACAGAUGUACCAUGGAAAAGAAAGAUAGAGAAAGUGUUCUGGCAAGGACGUGAUUCUUGUCGGGAACGACUAGAUCUGAUCGAUAUUUCAAGGAAACACCCUGAUUUAUUUAAUGUUUCUAUUACCAACUUUUUCUUCUUUAAGAAUGAAAUGGAUAAAUAUGGUCCUGUACAAAGCCGUACAUCGUUUUUUAAUUUUUUUAAGUACAAGUAUCAGCUAAACAUUGACGGUACAGUAGCUGCAUACAGAUUUCCAUAUUUGCUUGCUGGAGAUUCCUUAGUCCUUAAACAAAAAUCGAAGUACUAUGAAUUCUUUUAUAAUGAUCUUGUACCUGAGAAACACUAUGUGCCUGUAGAGAAUGAUUUAUCGGAUCUUGUCGAGAAAAUAAUAUGGGCUAAAGAACACGAUGGGGAUGCACUAGAAAUAUCUAAAGCUGCUAGGCAGUUUGCAAGAGACAAUUUGCUACCUCGUGAUAUAUUAUGUUAUCAUGUAGUUCUAUUCAACGAAUGGAAUAAACGCUUAAAGAAUAAAGUUAAGGUACUGGAUAACAUGGAAGAAGUGCUGCAACCUAAUCACUCCUGUCUAUGUUACAAUGGAAAACUUAAAGAGGAACUCUAGUUCUAUGUACUUUUUUAAGUAUCUCAGUAAAGCGAUUUAUUCUUUGUACCUUUUGUAUGAAAAAAUACUAUAUCAAUUCAAAUUUUGUAUAUUCUUUUGUUGAUAAC